GAAGCCGUACAAGUAUUGAUUAAGCAUUCAGCUGACGUCAAUGCCAGAGACAAGAACUGGCAGACACCCCUACAUGUCGCAGCUGCAAAUAAAGCUGUGAAGUGUGCCGAAGUGAUAAUUCCCCUUCUGAGUAGUGUCAAUGUCUCCGACAGAGGAGGUCGGACAGCAUUACACCAUGCAGCUCUGAAUGGCCAUGUUGAAAUGGUGAGUUUACUUUUGGCUAAAGGGGCAAAUAUUAAUGCCUUCGACAAAAGGGACCGAAGAGCUUUACACUGGGCAGCAUACAAGGAUUGAUGAGAUGAACAUCUAUGGAAAUACUGCCCUUCAUAUAGCUUGUUAUAAUGGGCAGGAUUCUGUGGCUAAUGAGCUGAUAGACUACGGAGCUAACGUCAAUCAACCUAAUAACAGUGGAUUCACUCCCCUCCAUUUUGCUGCUGCUUCAACUCACGGGGCCCUUUGUCUGGAACUACUUGUGAAUAAUGGGGCAGAUGUAAACAUUCAGGACAAAAGUAUAGCAUAGUGUCCUUGUUUAGUAAUGAGCACGUGCUGUCUGCAGGCUUUGAUAUAGACACCCCAGAUAAAUUUGGAAGGACGUGCCUCCACGCUGCUGCUGCAGGAGGGACACCUUUGCACUAUGCAGCUGCAAAUUGUCAUUUUCAAUGUAUUGAGAUGCUGGUAACCGCGGGGGCCAAUAUUAAUGAAACUGAUGACUGGGGACGAACAGCUUUACAUUAUGCUGCAGCCUCAGACAUGGACAGAAAAAAGAAUAUUUUGGGUAACUCCCAUGAAAACUCUGAAGAAAUUGAGAGGUCCAAUGAAAAGAAAGAAAAAGAAGCUGCACUGUGUCUAGAAUUUCUUCUUCAAAAUGAAGCAAACCCUUCAAUCCAAGAUAGAGAUGGCUAUAAUACAGUGCAUUACGCUGCUGCUUAUGGACACAGGCAGUGUUUAGAACUGCUUCUGGAGAAAACAAACAACUUUUUUGAGGAAUCAGAUUCAAUAUCAGCAAGAAGUCCUUUGCAUUUAGCUGCCUAUAAUGGUCACCAUGAAGCAUUAGAAGUGCUGCUUCAGUCACUAGUAGAUCUGGAUAUUAGAGAUGAAAAAGGACGCACUGCCCUGGACCUUGCUGCAUUUAAAGGACAUAUGGAAUGUGUUGAGGCGCUCAUCAACCAGGGUGCUUCUGUCACAGUGAAAGAUAAUGUCACACAACGGACCCCACUCCAUGCCUCAGAUUAUGACAGGGCAUGAGGAAUGCAUUCAAAUGCUGUUGGAACAAGAAGUAUUAAUUCUGUGUAAGGAUGCCAGAGGCAGGACACCUCUCCAUUAUGCAGCAGCUCGCGGUCAUGCCACAUGGCUGAGUGAAUUAAUGCAGUUGGCACUUUCGGAAGACUACAAUUUUAAAGAUAAUCAGAAUUAUACACCAUUGCACUGGGCUUCUUAUAACGGAAAUGAAAACUGUAUAGAGGUACUGUUGGAACACAAAGCUUUUCGCAACUUUCAUGGAAACACGUUUUCUCCAUUGCACUGUGCGGUAAUAAAUGAUCAUGAAAACUGUGCUUCACUACUCAUUGGGGCAUUUGGUGGUGGCAUUGUUAAUUGCAAAGAUGAAAAAGGAAG